AUGCCGCUCCGCGCAUCAGUAUUCGUCUCGCCACCGAUCCCAUGGACGGCGCCGAGCGGAAAAGUCGGCGGGCCGUGGUCCCCCAUCUCCAGCACACUGAUCCGGACCACGACAUCGGCGGUUCUCGUCGACACGCCCAUCACAGAGGCCCAAAACGCCUCGCUCGCAGACUGGAUCGAGCGAGAACUGUCAAACGGCACCGAGAGGCCCGCGUCGCUUGACUACAUCUACAUCACGCACGGGCACGGCGACCACUGGUUCGGGACGAACGCGCUGAAGAGGCGGUUUCCCGGCGUGCGCGUGGUCGCGACGCCGGAUGUCGUCGCGCACAUGCGCGGGCAGAUCGAGCCGAAAAGCUUCGCGCGCUCGUGGGGCAGCCAGUUCCCCAAGCAGAUCGACAUGGGAUUUGUGCUGGCGGAGCCGCUUGCGGCGUCGGGGGAGUUUCAAAUCAGGGACGGCGUGACGGACGAGACAUUCACUCUGCGCGCCGUCGAGGUCGGACACGCCGACACGCACAGCAGCACGGUGCUGUGGAGCGAGGAUCUGAAACUCGCGGUCGCGGGUGACGUCGUGUACGGGACGGUGCAUCAGAUGCUUGCCGAGGCCAACACGGCGGCGCUGCGGAGGGAGUGGAUCCGGGCCAUCGAGACGGUCGAGGCCCUGGGGCCCGUGGUGGUUGUCGCCGGCCAUAAGCUCGCGGAUGAGAUUGAUGGGCCUUGGCAUUUGCGGAAUUCGAAACGCUAUAUUGAGGACUUUGAUCGGUUGAUUGAAGGUGGUGAGGUCGGGAAUGCUAGGGAACUGGUUGCCAGGAUGAAAGGGUUGUAUCCAAGUCGGUUCAAUGAGGGUGCAUUGGUGGCUGGUGCGGUCGCUGCUUUCAAGGUCAAGGAGAAGCAGAAGCAGAAGCAACAGGCCGGAGGAAAGUUGUGA